AUGUCCUUCAGGCUGAAGAGCAGAUACCACCAUGCAGUCUCACUCCAGAGGAGCAAGAACAAGCCAAGGAGGUUGGGGCUUGUGCCAUAUUCAACAUGGAAAAUUUAUGCACUGGAGUCUCAUCCAGGAUUGAUGAUCAUAUUAAAUCCAUUUACAAGUCAAGGUCAGCAGGAAUGGAUUAAAAGGUGUUUGAUGGAUUAUCCUUGCUCACCAAAAAAAAAACAAUUUAAAUUUAUCCCAUGUCUUCAUUUGCACAUUGAGUCACAUGUUUUUCUCACAACAAAACCUGAAGGAAAAACAGCAAGGAGUACAAAAGAUGUGCGAUGGGUGACCCUCGGUUACCAUCAAUGGGAUACCAAAGAAUAUAGUGAAGAUAUGAAGGGAGAUAUACUUUCUCUACAGAUACUGUGCAGAAUAGUAGCAAAAGUGGUUGGAUUUGAUAGUUUUCGAGCAGAAGCAGCCAUUGUAAAUUACUAUCACAAAGACUCGACACUAGCUCCCCACACAGACCACUCAGAGCCAAAUAUGGAAGCUCCACUGCUAUCGUUCAGUUUCGGACAGAGUGCAGUGUUUCUCAUCGGAGGGCCUAGCAAGAGCACAGAACCCUCAGCACUCUUUCUCCACAGUGGGGACGUCAUGAUCAUGUCAGGUGCCAGUCGGAAGGGAUAUCAUGCAGUUCCUAGAAUACGGCUUGUGCCAGAGGAGCCAUGGAGUGCAGUGCAUGAAAGUGAAGAAAAUUUAACAUCUGAAAUUAACCGAAAUCAGGAUGGUGACUUAGGUAAUGAGAGAUGUGAUGAUAACUGCCCUUUUAAUAAAAGACAGAAGUUAAGCUCUGAUUCUGAUGAUGAAGAGAGAAUUGCAAAAAUGUUGGAGUACAUAAGAACAAAUAGAAUUAACAUGAAUGUGAGACAGGUUCUUUUGCCUGGUAUGGAUAAACUGCAGAGGUAAUAAAUAAAUAUUUUUUAUCUGAA